AUGAUAACUCUUUGUGUAUUUAUUUUUACCCCCUUCCCAUCGCUUUAUUUCUUUACUUUUCUCUUCCUAAUAUUCUCUUUCCUCUCUCAUCAUAAUUCUCUUUCUUUCUUUAUUUUUGCCACCUUCCCAUCUCUUUAUUUGUUUACUUUUCUCUUCCUAAUAUUCUCUUUCCUCUCUCAUGAUAACUCUCCUUCUUUAUUUAUUCUUGCCUCCUUCCCAUCUCAUUAUUUGUUCACUUUUUCUUUUCUUGGUAAUCUCUCUCGUAUGUUUUUUUUCUUUUUACCCAUCCCCAUCCUAUUUCUUUAUUUGUUCACUUUUGUCUUUUCCUACCAAACCUUCUCAUAUCGCCUAACCUUCUUUUGCUCUUUUUUUUACCCCUUCCCAUCUCUUUAUUUGUUCAAUUUUCUCUUUUCCUUAAUAAUCCCUCCCCUAAUACUGAAUAUUACACUUUCUUUUUUUUGUUCUAUUCUUCUCUCUUCCCUUUUCUCUCUCUAUCCAGUUUGUCUUCCUUCCCAUUUAAUCUGCAUCUCUAUCUUUCCUCUCGUCAAACCUCUCUGCUUUUCCUCCGUCUUUAUCUUGUUUGUCUACUUCGUCGUCUCUUAUUUUUUUCUAUCAUUCUUUCAUGAUUCCUCGUCUCUUUCUUUCUCUUUGUUUUUUUUUUCUUUUUCACUGCUUCGCCUUUUCUUGUCUCUCUUUUCCUUUUCUGUUCUUCUUUAUUUUCAAUCUAUCUCUCUUUAUUUUUCCAUUCAAUCUGUCCACCCUGUAUUUCUCACAGUUCCUCUCUUUCUGAUUUUUCUGUCUCCUGAGCAAUAUCCUCUCUCUCUCUCUCUCUCUCUCUCUCUCUCUCUCUCUCUCUCUCUUUUUUCUCUCAUUUUCUUUUCAAUGUUUAUCAUUCUGUUUUUGUUUGCUUUCUUCUUUUGUGAUUUUUAUCUUCUCUCUAUCUAUCUAUAUAUCUAUCUAUCUAUCUAUCUCUCCCUCUCUCUUUCUUCAUCUUCUUAUUUUCCCCUCUUUUUUAAGGAUUUUUAG